GAGGGAGCGCCGCGGGAGCAGCAGAUAGAAGAAUGUCAUCAUCCCCUGGACCACACGACCCUCCGUUGGACCAGGGAGAGGAAUUGUCCCUGAGCGAGGGGAAAUCCCAAAGCGGGGAGCUAUCUCCCUUUAAAGGUUCAUCCCAAGAGGAGACGACCCCGCCUGAGGAGAAGCCCGUCAAGACAGCGACCUUCUCGCUGCAGCCGUCUCAGAGCGAUGAGGCAGUCACGGGAGAGUCCACCCCGGCGGGGGGAAAGACCCCGAUAGAGAAGACUCCAUCCAGAGAGACCUCGCCCACGGAAGAGGAGUCAACCCCGCCAGAUGCAACAGGAUGGGCAACAUCUCCGAGAGAACCAGUGUCCUUCGGAACAACAAGGUUUGCGGAUGAGGAGACAAUCCCGACAGAUGCAACAUCUCCGACAGAACCGGUGACCUCCAGAACAACAAAGUUCGCGGAUGAGGUAAAGGAGGAGGCAACCCCGGCAGAUGCGACAGGACGGGAAACAUCUCCGAGAGAACCAGUGUCCUUCAGAGGGACAACGUUUGCGGAUGAGGUGACAACCUCGACAGACGCAACAGGACGGGCAGCAUCUCCGAGAGAACCAGUGUCCUCCAGAGAGACAAAGUUCGCGGAUGAGGUGACAACCUCGACAGACGCAACAGGACGGGCAGCAUCUCCGAGAGAACCGGUGUCCUUCAGAGAGACAAAGUUUGCGGAUGAGGUGACAACCCCGACAGACGCAACAGGACGGGCAGCAUCUCCGAGAGAACCGGUGUCCUUCAGAGAGACAAAGUUCGCGGAUGAGGUGACAACCCCGACAGACGCAACAGGACGGGCAGCAUCUCCAAGAGAACCGGUGUCCUUCAGAGAGACAAAGUUCGCGGAUGAGCUGGAAACCCCAAGGGAUGCGGCAGAGCGGUCCACGACUCCGAUGCCGACGUCCCUCCAAGCCACCACGCCCCCGGGGAAGGCAGCCGGGACAUCGCCCAUGGAAUUCGGCGAUGUUGCCCCGGGGCAGCCAGCCAGCCUGACGGCGGAGAAAGAGCAGAAGCCCCCGGAUCAACCUGCGGAGACGACACCACCACCACCACCUCCUCCUCCUCCGCCAUCCUUGCCCAAGGCCAGUCCGGAGGCCAUCGAUUUCCUGGCUUCCAUCACUACGGACGAACUGUCGUUGACCCACUUCACCGAUUCCCUGGUGACGAUUUCGGACACGGGCAAAGAGCUAGGAGAGUUUACCAUCUCCUUCCAUCCUAUCAUCUGCGAGGGAUUGCCCGGCAUCAAAGUGACUGCCAACAGCCACGGCUCCAUCGACAACAUCCCCUGCGGCACCUCCAUCUCAGCUCGCAUCUCGGGUGCCCUUGCAACAGCAGAGCUACAACACCAAGAAUAUAUAAAGCUGAAGGAACAUUCUCUGACCAAGAAAACAGACAUGAAAAAGACACUCGAUGGAUACUUCAUGACAAGGGAAGUCACCGUGGGUGAGAGUGUGAAGUCUGAGACUAUGAACUUCAGCCUGGGAGACCUGAAAGGUUUUGUGUCGGAAGCAAGUAAUCUGGUGCUUCUGCGGAUCAUGGCGCAGAGGAACCACGUCCCCGACAACAUGGUCUUUCUGGCCUUCGACAGCGAAAUGCAACUGUCCACCUCCACAUACCUGAACCUGGGACCCAAAAUGCUGACUGUUGGGAAAAGCGAGGUUGAGGUUCGCAGCAUCCAGAGAACGAUUCACUCGGACGUCAACAGCCCCAUGAGCUGGCAGUGUAGCUUCCUCCCCGAUGGGCAUCUAACGAGCAGGGUGCAGGUCGGGUCUCCCAUCACAAUGAAGCUGCAGCAACUACCUCACAUCAGAGAGACAGAUGUCAUCGACCCCAAACCGGUCUUUGAGAAGAAGCCCCUGGACUGGGAGGAAGAUAUGCAGCUUUACUUCAAAUUCAUCGACAGAACGGAAGAACUGAAGGCGGAGUAUAACAGCUACAUCAGGCACCACCCAGAACUGAAGUGUAUCAUGGCCGACUUCCUGGAGUUCCUACUCCUCCGCAAACCGCAAGAUGUCGUCACCUUCGCUGCGGAAUACUUCGCCUCCUUCUCCGCCUUCCAGGCCGAACAAUCGCCCUUCCUCUCCUCCAACAGGAAAAGCCCCUUCAGAGAAACUUAAGAGUCUGAAUUCAAUAAACGUUUAAAUGUGUAACAAG